CAUGUUAGGUGUCGGGAUCAAAACACAAUCGACGAAGCUAGCACAGUUAGAGAGACACUACGACACUGACAGUCGAUUAGUAAUUGCAUUGUAUUUGAUUUUUCCAGUUCACUGUGUUGUCUAAAGCUCAAAAAGUAGUUACUAGCUGUUAUUCCUUGUGCUUUUACAUUGACACCCACAAAAAGGAAGUGCGGGCGUCCCGAAGCCGUCACUUUCAUUUUGGUCGUGCCUGGAGGAGCCAUGGCGGGUUUAGAGCUGUUGUAUUCGUGCUGUGGUGGAAACAUCUCUUGUCCCCAAGACGCCAUUGUGUGUCUCGUUCACUGGGAAAUCAUCAAAAGCGGAUACAAGUGCGUUGGCUCCGGGGACGAGCCUCGAGGCAGCGACAAGAAGUCUGAGUUGUUGCCGUCAGACUGGAGCAGCAGUAAGGUGGAGUACACGCUCAGGUACACGUCUGAGGUCGGAGACGUCCAGUUGCUACUCAAAGCGCUGCUGGUGGACUCGGCCCUCAUCUUCAACCUGAUGAACCGCGGCACACAGCAGGGGUCCGACCUGAUCGUCAACCUCAACGAGCACGUGGACAAGGACCACUUGCAAACGUUUGACAGAGUCUUUAAGGACGUCGGCGGCCUGACAGCAAAGGUCAGGAGCCAGCUGCUGCCGUCACAGGACAAGCGGACACAAGCACAGACGGAGCGGAGCAGGCGGACGCAGCGAGAGGACAACGACGACGACGACCCUCUCCGCGUCCCCAGCAGGCACCCGCGCCACGGAGCACAGGCUCACUGGCCUGAUGCCGUGGCGCCACCUUUCUCUGUGGGAGGGGCGGAUCUGGAUCCACUGGGCAGGUCCGGCACUGGCGGUGGGAUGCUUAUAGACCCGCUGCGGUCAGGGUAUCCUCGCUCCGGUUUCGACCCGUCCAGCGGGAUCCCGGACAUCUUGCCCCCUGGAGCGGUCCCCCCCGGGGCCCGCUUUGACCCGUUCGGCCCAAUCGGACGCCACAGACCUGGGCCGGAUCCGGACCACAUGCCCCCCCCAGGCUAUGAUGACAUGUUUAUGUAGUGCCCCCUGCCGUUUCCAGUGUGCCACUCACUGCUUCCUGUCCGCUAGCCAAUCAGAGCGCUUCUCCUCAUGGACUGAUUGUCAUCUUCAGCUUCAGAGAGGAUUUGUGAUGAAAACAUGGCAACGCUGCAACACUUUGUUUCGCUUCUUCAACCACGUUUGAACUUAACGAAAUUGUCAUUUAUUCUGAAAAAAAGAGCUCUGUCUGCUUUGGAUUUUUUUUUUUAAUGUCUGUUUUAGAUUUAGAAUAAAUAAAAAAAGUUGUCGCA